CUGGGGCUGUUUAGUCUCUGUUUGUUCUGUGUUAUAACAGGGGUUUUGCUUUGGUUGACAUAACCUUGUUGGACUCGCGUUGCUGCCUUUUGAAUGUGGUGUUGCUCUUUGUGGUGGCUGUCGAUAGGCACAGGCAGCGCUGGUCCACCAUCAGGCUGCUGCUGGCGCGAGGGGCGGAUCCCAACGCCUCGAUGGUGCCCAUGCCCGUCCUCUUCCUCGCCAUCAAGGCUGCAGACACACAGGCUGUACAGCUGCUGCUGGAGUCUGGAGCCCGCACAGAUAUCUGCCUGUCCUCCGAGCUGAAUGGUCUGUAUCCGCUGCAUGUGGCAGCUGGUCUCCCGGGAGACGAAGGCCCUCGCAUCACUGAGCUGCUGCUGCACGCUGUGGCCGACCCUGAUGUCCAGGCGCAGGACGCUCACGUGCUCCUCGAGCUAGACAAGAACACGCCCGAUCCCCAGGCAGGAUUUGGGAACAAAUCUGCAAAGGGACCUGGCAGUGCCAGUUUGGACAUGGGCAGGACGCCGCUCCUUGUUGUCUGUCAGAGAGACCAUGACUACAAGAAUGCCAGAGAUGUGGUGUGUGUGCUGCUGUCUCAUAAAGCCAGCACCAAUCUACUGUGGAGCGGACACUCCCCCCUCUCUCUGGCCAUCGCCAGUGGCAACCACCUGGCUGUGGAUGUGCUGCUGGCGUGGGGUGCGGACCCCAACCUCCCUCUGUCCUGCCGAGUGGGCAGUGCUCUCUGUGCCAAUGCCAACAUCGCCUACAACAGUGGGACUCAGCCCCGCAACAGAAUCUUACUGUUGGAAAAGCUGAUGAAAGCAGGUGCCAACAUCCUGAUGCCCAUUCUGGUUGGGGAGGGGCGUAAGUGUGUGAUGGGCACAGCUGUGGAUUAUGCCUACCACUCCUUCACCCAGGAUUGGCGUAUCGCCCAUACUCCGUACCAUGCACUCAACCCCCGAGAGCGUGAGACCCUGAACGCCCGACGGCAGCUGCUAAGCGCCAUGGGAGAACUGCUGAGGAAGGCGGCGAGCAGGAACCAACAGUCAGGUCUGGAGGGAGAACAGAGCCUCGUCAGUAGUGAGACAAAUAUGUACACUGGAGCUAGAGCAGCGGAGGAGAAUGCCAGCACAGUGUCUAUCAGUGAAGAUGGUAAAGAAGGGAAGAGGUCAAUCAGGAAGCAGGCGUUUAAGUACUGCUACCAGUGCGGCCGCUCCGUGGGUGUGGUGCUGGUGGCCUGCAGUCGCUGCCAUGAGGUGCUCUACUGCAGUAAGACCUGCAAGAUGAAGGCCUGGAAUGACAGACACAAAGAGGAGUGUGUGCGCGUGCAAGAUCAAGACCACAGUGACACCAAUGUGAUAGAGGAGAGACCCACACAGAGGGAAAGCACAGCCAACAAUAAGAGGGCUUCAGUGAAGAGUCCAGAGCAGCCCUCCCUAAUCACAAAGAUGAAGGCACACAUGAAGCAAAAAAUGAUCACAGAGAAGCUAAAGGAACGACGCAAGGUCCUCACUCAGAAGUGGACUGAGAAACGACAUGCCUCAGGGGACCAGUCCAAGAGCCGAAGAUCCAAGGACCAGCCCAAACAUCCCCCACAGACACAGCUGUAUGACCCCAAACAGAACUACAGCUACAUUUAAUUAUGUCCUUAAUAAAGUUAUUUUUAUCAUCA